AUCACCACAUUUCCUGUUUGUAACUGAACAAAUUACACACAAAAGAUUUUAAGAAACAACAAAGAAACCCGGGGCACUGAUAAAGACCAAUUUUAGAGUCAUGUUGCUUCUAAUGUAACAGAGCAACAUUAGUUGGGUGGGUGGUUUUGGGGAGCAUUUUUAAUCCAUCCAUUUGCUUUAUGGCUACGUAAGGAGCUUUCUGGGGGAAGAAAAGAAGCAUGUCAGGAAGCACCGAAUGCCCUUUUUUCCUCUGGGGACUUCUAGUCUUGCUGGGUUUGGCUCUAAUUAUAUCGCUGAUCUUCAACAUUUCCCACCAUGUAGAGAAGCAGAGACAAGAUAAAAUGUACAGAUACUCUGAUGACUACAUUCCCAGGGCUGAUGAAUAUGAUAUUGAAGAUACACCAAUUUAUGGUAAUUUAGAUAAUGUAAUCCUAGACCCAAUAGAUGAAGACUGCUAUGAACAAAUGAAAGCCCGACCAGAAAGAUCUGUCAAUAAUGCGCAAGAAGUCGCUUCCUCUACACAGGUCACAGCGGAAGCGCAGAUGUGCUAUGCCUCACUUGAUCAUAGCUUCAAGGGGAAGCGCAGAAAACCCAGGAAACAGAAUCCUCAAUCUUCAGACAAGGACAGAGAUGAGGUGCUGUAUGCAGUGAAUGCCAACACGGCUAAAACCAAUUUGGUAGAGAGUUUCUCACCGGAAAGCCAAGCGAUAGAGGAAAGCAUUCAUGAUGACCCCAUCAGACUCUUUGGGCUGAUUCGUGCCAAGAGAGAAACUAUGGACUAGCAGGACUAUGGUCUAGCUCUGUGAUAAUGCUGUUAUGAGAGACUAUUACUGAAAAAGUAAGGUCCCCACGUGACACAGAAUAACCUGGCAGGAUGAUGAUCUGAUCAUGUGUUGGUGUGAUGGUGUCUGACCUCUUAUUGAAAGACAGCAUCCAUACACACUAAAAGUAAUGCCAUUAAAAUUAGUUUAAUGAAUUCAUCUAAAAAGCACCAAAAUAGUAAAUGCAAAAUAAAAUCCAAUUUGCAAGUUAAGCUUUAUAAAAAAAAUCAGAACUUUACAAUAAUAUGUAGUAGAAAGAUAAAUUUAAAAAAUAAUAUAUUCUGUAAUAUAUUAUAUAAUAUGUUCUGUAAUAUAUUCUGUAAUAAUAUAUUCAAUAUAUUGAAAGAAAAAAUAAAACCAAUGAUUUCUAAAAAAUUCCUUCCUAAUUUACCGAUGGAAACACAUCAUCAUUAUAAGAAAUUUCUGAUUGAAAGAUGUAGAAUUUACUAAAAUACAUUAAGAGAAGUGGCAUAAUUUUCUUAAGAAAUAUUUUAUCCAAAUGAAAAUUGCUUAACUAGUUUUAAAAUCACUAUAAAAUUAAUCCAGCUUUUUUUGCAACUGAAGAGAACUUAGAAAUUCCAUACCCAGAUAUAGUUACUACAAGCUACUACUAUCUAAAAGUACUUGUAGUUAUUUUACUGGGCAGAUCUAUGAUACAUUUCUUUAUACAUAUAAUUUAAAUUUUCUUUAACAAUAUAUUGUGUGAUUAUUUAUACUUCUUCAGCUAUAUCAAAAUAUGUCAUAGUUUUAAUGUCUGGAUGACAUUUCAUUGUUAACUAAAUCAGAAUAUAUUUAAAUAAUGUUGAAAGAUAUUAAACUUAUUUACAAUUUGUUUUAUUUACAAAUAUGCUGUAAUGGGAAUGAUUCUCCAUGUGUAUAUUUGUCUGAUUUCUUCUUAAGAUUCAAUGACAAAAAAUGAAUUUCUGUAUUAAAAGGUGCUCAUAUUGUGUCUUUGGAUAAAUUUCUGAAGAUCAAGAGUUAUACCAAAAUAUGCAUGCAAUUUAAAUUCUUAAAAAAUACACCAAAAUUGCUUUCCAAACUUAUUUUUUUAAAAGUCUAUUAUUUUUUGCCUUUCAGAAAGAAAGACUGAUGAAAGUUUACAAAAUAUAUCUUUACUAUGAUUACAGUCUAUAUUCAAAUGACAUUAGUUUGAUAUGUAAACCUUUAAAUGUUGUGUUUGUAUUUCUUUUUGCUGUGGAUUUUAUACUUUACAUAUAGUUAUUGUUUCCUGAAAGUAAUCAAAUAUCUAGAUUAAAAUAAUACUAAAAAGUGUCCUCAUACUCAUCUGUGUAGGUAGAAGUUUUAUAACUCUACAAUGCUUUGUUUAAGUGGAAAUUUCUGUCUAGAAUCAUCUUUAUGGUUCAAGGACUUCUUUAAUAUAUUUAUUGUAGUUCAGGUCAAGUGGUGAUGAAUUCCCUCAGAUUUUGUGCAUCUGCAAAAGGUUGUUUUCACUUGCCAAUGACAUUUUCAUUGGUUGAAAAAAGUUCAGAAUUGAGUUGAUCAUGUUUCACUUGCAUGCAAUAAUGUCUUCUUGAGUAAUAUAAAGACGCUACUGCAUUUGUGUGAUUUCUGAACACAAUGAAACAUCCAUUAUCAAACUUAUCUGUGCCCCUUUGUAUGUCAUGUAUUAUUUUUCUCUAAUUGUUUUAAAAUUUUCCUUACCACUAGUUUAAAUUUUAUUGUAAUGUGCUUUGUGGUGUGUGUGAGUGUGUGUGUGGGUUUGUGUGUUUUGCAUACCCUAAAUUAGGACUUUGGUUAUUUUAUUGGAUCUGUGUUUACAAUUUUGUCUAACAGAAAAAAUAAACAAUAUUUUAAAACAUGUA